CUCUCCAAAGCUCACUCUCUCUCUCGCUUUCUCUUCUCUCUCACUAUAUGCUUUCUUGUUCCAAGCGAACAAACGCAAAACACUCUCCCUAGCCCGCAAUUUGAGCACCGCCGGAACCAGAAAAUCUCUUCCGACUUCCUUCUCCUUUAAAAGCUAUGGCUUUUUCCACAGGUCAUUGGGCCAAAGCCCAGAUUUCCCGACCGCUUGCUUCCUCCUCCACAGUUGAUUUGGGCAUCUCCCCUACCUCCAUCUCCUGGAAGAAACGGCAGCCCAACAAAACUACUCUUAGAAGAACCAACAACAUCAACAUUAUUCAUUCAGCUUUGCACUCUCCGUCGGUUCUCCAUUUCCCAAAGCAACCGUACCAAAACCCCGUAAUCCCCAGGGAAGAAACCCCCGUAAAUGCAAAACCCAAAACUCACCAGCCCCAACAACAACAGCCGCAGUGGAACCUCCUCCAAAAAGCUGCAGCUAUGGCCCUUGACAUGGCUGAAAGCGCGUUAGUCUCACGCGAGCUUCAACACCCACUUCCAAAAACCGCAGACCCACGUGUCCAAAUCUCCGGAAACUUUGCUCCAGUCCCCGAACAACCCGUCAAGCAAUCUCUUCCCAUCAACGGCACCAUCCCUUCUUGCAUCAACGGCGUUUAUCUCCGCAACGGCGCCAACCCUUUAUUUGAGCCCGUUGCAGGCCACCACUUCUUUGACGGUGACGGUAUGGUACAUGCCGUUACCAUUGACAAUGGAAACGCCAGCUACGCUUGUCGUUUUACCGAGACGCAAAGACUUUUACAAGAAAAAGAAUUAGGCCGCCCUGUUUUCCCUAAAGCAAUUGGCGAACUACAUGGCCACUCAGGGAUUGCCAGGCUUUUACUUUUUUAUGCUAGAGGGCUUUUUGGUCUUGUUGAUCACAAACAAGGCACUGGAGUGGCUAACGCUGGUUUAGUCUAUUUCAAUAACCGACUUCUAGCUAUGUCCGAAGAUGAUCUUCCUUACCACGUGCGCAUCACUUCUUCAGGUGAUCUGGAAACAGUUGGAAGAUACAAUUUCGACGAUCAACUUAAAUCCACAAUGAUUGCACAUCCCAAAAUUGAUCCUUUCUCCAAGGAACUCUUUGCUUUGAGUUACGAUGUUAUACACAAGCCUUACUUGAAGUACUUCAGGUUUUUACCCGACGGUAAAAAAUCACCCAAUGUCGAGAUUCCUCUACCCGUGCCAACCAUGAUGCAUGAUUUUGCCAUCACCGAGAAUUUCGUGGUGAUCCCUGAUCAGCAAGUGGUGUUCAAGCUACAAGAAAUGAUUAUCGGUGGGUCGCCUGUGAUUUACGACAAGAACAAGAAGUCUCGGUUUGGGAUUCUUUCUAAAAAUGCAAGUGAUGCUAAGGAUAUUAUAUGGGUUGAAUCGCCUGAUACUUUCUGCUUUCAUCUAUGGAACGCUUGGGAAGAGCCGGAAUCGGAUGAAGUUGUGGUGAUUGGUUCUUGCAUGACACCUCCCGACUCUAUUUUCAACGAAUGUGACGAGAGUUUAAAGAGUGUGCUGUCCGAAAUUAGGCUUAAUUUAAAGACAGGUGAGUCCAUUCGCCGCCCCAUAAUCUCAGAAUCGGAGCAAGUGAACUUGGAAGCUGGGAUGGUGAACCGGAACCGGCUUGGAAGAAAGACACGGUACGCUUAUCUUGCCAUUGCUGAACCAUGGCCUAAAGUGUCGGGAUUUGCCAAGGUUGAUCUUUUUACUGGGGAGGUUAAAAAACACAUUUACGGUGAUAGACGGUAUGGUGGGGAACCCUUUUUCUUGCCUAGGGACGACAAUUGUGAGUCAGCCGAAGAUGAUGGGUAUAUUCUUUCCUUUGUUCAUGAUGAGAAAACUUGGAAAUCAGAGCUUCAAAUCGUGAACGCCAUGAAUUUACAGCUCGAAGCUUCAAUUAAAUUACAGUCCAGGGUUCCAUACGGCUUUCAUGGAACGUUUAUAGACGCCAAGGCCUUGGUGAAUCAAGCUUAAUUAGACGUAAAUUAAGUUUUAAAAAAAAAGUUUUACCGUACUGGGAGAUUUUUACCAGAGGGAUGGUUCGGAGUACAGAUCCCCGGAUUCUCCUGGAAAUUGAAACCUAACAGCCCUUUUGUUUUUAUUUUUUGGUUAUAUGUUUGAAGGAACCAGCUUGUAGCUUUUUCGCAUGCAGCUAUAGAAUUUGAGCUCAGCUGGUAUAUGUUCCUCUUUCCUUUAAUCUCAUUUUCAUCUGUUGAGUUUUCACUUCUACAUUGUAGAUAAUAAAUUAAAUAUUUCCAGUUUUUAUAUUUUA